CGCGACCCACUUCUGUUGUUUUAAUUUGGUUGGUUUUGAUCUGAUAUCAGUUAGCACAUCGCUCUAAUUCAGACGGUCUUUGCUUUCUAUGCUUAUGUAAUGAAUGUGGAAUACAUCUGCACUUACUAUAAUUGGAAAUGGCAUGCACUGCUAGUAUUGGUUUAAAGAAGAUCAUUAUAAUAAUAGUAAUAAUAAUAAUAAUAAUAAUAUAGCUUUGUUGGUGCACAGCUAGAUUGUUUGCACAUUAAAAACAAAGAUGAAUUUCCUCUGAUACAUGCUGGUACACUGCUCUAUGAAGAUAUGAAGUCUGUUGGGUUUUGUGGUCCUCUGCCCUGCAGCUGUAGGUCAUGGCCAAAUAAAACACACAAGCUAAGAUACAAGCUCUUUGGUUGGGUUUGUGUGAUCACGCAAGCAAAGAACAAGGUAUCAGAGCUGAACAGAGUGUGUACCGACUGAGUAUGUGCUUACGCUGAGAGGAGUGUGAAGGUCAAAUCAGUUCAGUUCAGUCAGUUUUAUCACUUUAAGUAGUUUCACUUUAAACAAGGUGCUCGUUUUCAGAUGUCUGGCUUGUAAAAUUAAUUGGACUUAAAUUAAUUUAACUUACUAUAUUUGAAGUAAUUAGUAUCAGUAUUGGAUUAAUGCAUGUGUUACAAUAUCUUCCAAUAUUGGUUAGUACAGCUGUAUAGUCACCAGACUUUAGUAAUGAAGUCUGGACUGAAAAACUAAUUGACUUAAACGGGUUUAAAGCUCACAUUGAGGUCAGUCAAGUUCACCGACUGCCCUGACAGGCAAUGAAGAGCUGAUAGAACUUAACAACUUAACACAAAACUUUUUAGCGUCAUGAAUAAAGAGGAUGUUCCCCUAAAGCAAGUUGCAUUAUUGAUGUACAAAAUGUAUAAAUUUAAAGGGAAUUCUAAUGACAUGCAAAUGUAGAUGGUUCUGAAUUUUUUAAUAUUUUACUGAUUUCAAAACACUGGUACCAUCAAGACAGAUGUAGUAAAAAAGGCUUUGUAUGUCAAUUUAAUUAAAAUUAGUAGAAAGCAUGCCAUCCACUAUGUUGAAAGGAAGAUAUAAAGCUGUAUAUCAUCUAGUUUAAUAAUAAAAAUUAAUGCCAAAUUUUGUAGCAUUCUCACCUAAAGAGAGCAUACACGAAAUUACAAAGGGCCUAAAACAGAACCUUGUGGAACACCGAUAUUUACCUGCAACAGAAUGGCUUACACAUAUACAUAUAUUUAUGAAAUAAAUGAUAAAAGGGUUGACAUUUCGUUUUUACACUGUUCAAAAAAAAGAUACUUGCCAUGCAUGCAAGAUUUUUAUAAAACAGGCCCUCAGAUCCUCAGAGAGGUCAGCCGAGUGGACAUUGGACUGUGUUCAGUAAAGGGAAGUGGUUUGGCUUCUCUCCCUGUGCGUUGUCUCAAACAUUGCCGUUAUUAUCUGUGAUUUGGCACUCUUCAUGAGAAACCCGAAACAAACGUCCACUCACAGCAGUUGCAUGGCUAACAUCGCUUUCACUGAUCUGAACACACAACCAUCAUAGAGACGGAGGUGUUGGGGACGAACUACCAAAGUAGUUUAGUGGAUGGAAAAUAAAAAAGGUAUAAUCAUGAAACACAGAGUUUUGUAACUAAUAUUUAUCCCAUGCAGCACUUUUGUAGAUGUCUUUGUAAGAAAGCACCAGCAAGAAACAUAAAUGUAAAUGAUCUAUAAAUUUAUGGUUGACAGUACUCACAAUUCUCUUCCUUGUGGUUUCCUGCCCACAGUUUUGCUACAGGGGACAAACAACUUAUUUGAUGAAUUGCGAAACUCAAGGACCACAAAGGCCGUAUUGAAGUGACGACAUGUUUAAGUGACGUGUCUUUCGAUGCGCAGAGGGACACUUUGUUCUCCAGUGAAUUAAAGAUUACUUGUUUCUUUCCGAGAAAGGCAUUCCAGACCCAAAUACGUAGUGUGUGAUGUUGCUGCGUGUUCAAAAGGUCGACUCCUUUAUGAGACGUUCAGUCUUUAUUAAGACCACCCUGAAAUUUUGACAUCCAGGAAAAUUUCCCCUUACACCUUCUCGAUGUACCACACAACCCACUUAAACUUCACAGAAACACUCUAGCAAGCGCAUAAACAUGAUAUACACGUUAGAUUCACCUUAACAGCCACACAUAAAUGCCGUUUUGCAUGGGUGAAGGCCACACACGCUGUUUUUCCAUGCUGUUAUGUAGGCUAUGUUCUUAUUUAUGGUACUUAAAGGUAUCACACACGUUCACCUAUUGCCACAUGAACUGUGAAGUUUUUAUGAACCCCUUUUACACAGAAAAUGCCAGAAUGCUGCAUGCAUCUGCUCUGACCGCGCUCAAAGAUGUCAUCUUAUUUCCAUAAAUUCUUCAGCGAUGAAAGUGGGCGUUCAGUGAAUUCACAAUGUCUCUCAAUCUGAUAGACACACACAAAGAGGGCAAAACGAAGACACAAAAUGACUUUUGUGCUCUUUGUAACAAUUUGUUUUUGUUUAAAAUGCUUAAUAUUAAUAUUUUGAAAGCAAAUGAGAAACAUGUGAAGCAAAAUGGUAAUUAAAUAAAUUACUGAUUAAUUAAUGGAUUUGACAGUUUCUGGGUAGGGUGGUCAUUCAUACGGUUUUAGAUCGGGCUGUCUUGUUUUAAAAUAGCAUAGCUGUAUUUUAAUCAGUGGUAUAUAUUAAAAAGCAAAGAAUUAAGAGAAAGAAUAGACAUGUUUAAGUCAAUAUUUAGUUGCAUACAUUUUAGAUAUAUUGACUGAAUACAGUUUUUUGCCAACAAGAGUUACAAACAAAAUGUAGCAGAAACUUUGCAUGGUCGCUCAACACAGUGGCAUUCCUGAAUAAUUCAGCAUUUUUUGAACGAAUUGGGUGAGUCAGUGAUUAAUUUUUAGCGAGUCACUUGAUUUGUUCUGAAAGAAUAAGCAAUUUUGAACAAAUCAGUUGAAUUAAUGAUUCAGUGGACUCACAGUCACUUUUCAUUCCCUGCUCUCAGUUUUAAUUUCAUAUUUAAAGCAUUGCUUAAUUUUCUAACAUUUCACAUUUAUAUAUUACGAUAUAUUUCAUAUGUAUGCUUUUUAAUUCAUUCUGUUUUAACUGCAGCAUAAAUGCAACCUCUGAGCUUCACUAAACAGUAAUCGUGUAAAUAUUACCAAAUGCCACUUAAGGUAAUUAGCCAUAUAGUGUCUUAAAAUUAUAACGUAAUAAUUUCAAUUUAAGAACUUAACAUUAAAUAUGACGUAUUUGCUUGUUUUAUUAACCGCUAAUUUGAAGAAAAGUAACAGUUAUAAUACUUCUCACCAAGCUGCUUUGAUUAGGGGUUUAAGUCAAUAAUCUCUAGUAUGCCUAAGUCUGAUGAACUUUUUUGAGGAGGAGGGACCGUAGAAGGUCAUGCCACAGAUGUCUCAUAUCUCCAAGUCUUUGAUGAAAAGAUGUUGCAAGGAUAAUUUUGCCACAGCUGAAGGUUUAAGUGUCAUGACGAUGUUUUGGAAACAAGGACACAAGGAGCGCACAAGGAUACACCGAGUUUUUAUUUUGACUUUUGAUUUAUCCUGAUCCAAUCCCGUGCGACCACUCGCGUAUAAAAGCGUGUGUCUAACGUACUGCUGCUUCAGACCUGAAGAAGCUGUAAUUCUCCAUCGGUUCUUAUGGCAGGUGAACUUCUUCAGCCCUGUGGAAUGAAGCCCGUGCAUCUCAGUGAGGCUGCUCUGGACCUUCUGCUGCAAGGGGUCCAUAACAGCACUGACGGUGCCCAGGACAACGUGUGUGGAGCCACGGCCACAAUACUGUCUCUGUUACUCUGCCUGCUGCUGGUCAUCAGACACCAUCGGACGAAGAAAGACCAUGUGCCAGGUCCUUGUUUCUUGCUGGGUCUGGGUCCUGUUCUCUCUUACUGUCGGUUCAUGUGGUGUGGAAUUGGCACUGCCAGCAAUUACUACAACAGCAAAUAUGGAGACAUUGUGCGGGUCUGGAUCAACGGGGAAGAAACACUCAUCUUGAGCAGGUCAUCUGCUGUGUAUCAUGUGUUGAGGAGAUCUCUGUACACCUCGCGCUUUGGGAGCAGACUGGGUCUGCAGUGUAUCGGGAUGCAUGAACAAGGCAUCAUAUUCAACUCAAAUGUGGAACUCUGGAAGAAAGUCCGCACCUUUUAUGCAAAAGCUCUAACAGGUCCAGGGCUUCAGAGAACUUUGGAGAUUUGCACCUCUUCCACCAACACACACCUGGAUGAUCUGUCCCACCUGACGGAUGCUCAGGGACAGGUGGACAUCCUUAACUUACUGCGCUGCAUUGUAGUGGACAUUUCCAACAGACUGUUUCUAGGAGUCCCUCUCAAAGAGCACGAUCUGCUUCAGAAGAUCCAUAAAUAUUUUGAAACCUGGCAGACAGUAUUAAUCAAACCUGAUGUGUACUUCAGACUGGAUUGGAUUCACAGGAAGCACAAGAGAGACGCUCAAGAGCUGCAGGACGCCAUUGCAACUCUGAUCGAGGAGAAGAGAGUUCAGCUGACACAUGCAGAAAAACUCGACCAGCUCGACUUCACGGCAGAGCUGAUAUUCGCUCAGAGCCUUGGGGAGCUGAGCGCUGAGAACGUCAGGCAGUGUGUGUUGGAGAUGGUGAUCGCUGCUCCAGACACCCUUUCUAUCAGCCUGUUCUUCAUGCUGCUGUUGCUCAAACAGAAUCCAGACGUGGAGUUAAAGAUCCUGCAGGAAAUGGACACCGUCUUGGCCGGCGGGAGCCUGCAGCACUCACAUCUGUCCAGGUUACACAUUCUGGAGAGUUUCAUCAACGAGUCGCUCCGUUUCCAUCCGGUGGUGGACUUCACCAUGCGCCGGGCGCUGGAUGAUGAUGUCAUCGAGGGCUACACAGUGAAGAGAGGAACAAACAUCAUACUAAAUGUGGGUCGGAUGCACAGAUCCGAAUUCUUCCCCAAACCGAAUCAGUUCAGUCUGGACAACUUCAAGAAAAAUGUGCCGAGUCGUUUCUUUCAGCCGUUCGGGUCAGGCCCGAGGUCAUGUGUGGGGAAACACAUUGCUAUGGUGAUGAUGAAGUCUAUUCUGGCGACGCUCUUGUCUCGUUUCUCUGUGUGUCCUGUGAAGGGAUGUACUGUAGACAGCAUCCCACAAACCAACAACCUUUCACAGCAGCCGGUGGAAGAGCCCUCGAGCCUCAGCGUGCAGCUCAUCCUCAGAAACUCUCUCUGAUUCACCUCCAACAUAUUAUUAUCAUGUAUUUAUCUACCGCUAUUCGUUGCCUCGUCUUUGAAUUUUUGUGUUUAAAUUUGUAUGUAAUUCAGUCUGAAUGCAACUGUUGUUAUAAUAUAUGAUAUUCUUUCUGUGGAUUCUGAGUGGGUUUUUUUGUUUGUUUUUUGUAUGUGUG